AUGGCUGGAGGCGGAGAAUCUGAACUUCAUAAGCUUCGGUCCAAUGCUGAAUCCCUAUCAGAAUGUCUGGAAUCGCUGAGACAACGGAUCGAACAGCUCGAAGCCAAGCCGGAUAACCAACAAGAAGUAAGAAUUCAGUCCUUCGUGUCAUGUCUGACGGGAAGAUAAUGAGCGCAACGUCGCUGCGUCAAUCGCGUCGCUGAAUUGAAAAGCAAUUUGAUUUUGCUCCAACACAAACAAUUUUCUCGACGACGGUGCGAAAUUGUGCUCAUUAUUUCCCGAUAGACUGAUAUUAUUUGAGAGCUCACAUAUGCAAAUUUUAAGUAAUAUCCGUCGUGAUUUGCACAUCCCAGACUUUCCUUUUAAGUAAAUCUAAAUAAGGCAGACUGAACGUAGUCCUGAAAGCAAGUUAAAACAGGCGAGCGGCACGAUACGCAACGUUCCAAAUGCCAUGUUUAAAAAUCCUCGACGUUUAUCGUUUCCGGCUUCCCCAGAGGGCACGGGAUUCAAAAUAACAGCCUUGGCCCCUUCCCCUUUGGCCUCACGUUUUCGCCUUUUUAUUCGAUUUUAUUUCAGUCCAUCCGCUCCGAGACCGUCCACACCGACCCGGUUACCGGCAUCACUAAACGGACGGUCGUCACCGAGCGAAUCACCCGCAUUGAGAAUUGUCAUCGGACUGUCAGACUGCCACCUUCAAUCAACGAGCUGGCGUCCAACAAGGACUCGGCCCUCGAUGGGAAAGACCGUCUCCUGGGUCCGGCUUAUCAAGCCCGCAUCAUUGCCAUCGAUAGCGAGGAAUUGGGUCAAGUGGAAGUAGAACCAAUCUGCGGGGAAUUUGUGGUGACCAAGGUGAAGAAACCGGAAUUAUGCGAACUUAUACAUCCUGGAGACACCAUCGUUGAAGUGAAUGGACAACUCCUCGAGAGGAAAGCAGCUCUUUACGGACAAAAUGGAUCCGUGAAAUUAAAACUGGUCCUCUCCACAAUCUAUGCAGCUCCAAUGGUAAAGUCUAACUUCAUAAAUAACUCUUCUUUUUUUAGAAAUUUGCCAAGAUAAUUGAAUCCACCAAAACUAAGCAACCCAAUGGUCAAAUACUUGCCGAUCCCUAUCAACUUCAACUAAACAAGGGCGACAUUGUUCAAGUGUUGAGUAAUGACUCGCAAUGGAUCCAAGCUAGGAAAGUGAACGAUCUAUCAAGGGCCGGCUUCAUAAAACCGGGCCUUAAAAUGGAAAAUGUGGCCAUGUUGUGUCCUUAUGGGAGAAGGACUUUAGCUAUCCUGGGAGCCCCUGGAGUGGGUCGGAGGACUUUGAAAGCAAUGCUGCUAGUUCAGCUCCCUCACAGAUUUUCUUCAGUUGUUCCUUGUAAGCAUCAUCAGUCUCAAUUAUUACUAAACAUCUCGUACAAUACACUUCAAAAAAUAAUCUGAUUAUAGACACUUCAAGAGCUCCUAAACCGGGAGAACAGGAAGGCCGCGAAUAUAAUUUCGUGACCAAAGAGAAGAUGAGAGAGAUGAUCCGAGAGAAACGUGUCAUCGAAUGGGGCGAAUAUGACGGUCACAUUUACGGGACAUCGGAGGAUUCAGUUCGAGAAAUCGUUAGGUAUGUGAGGUUACAAACUAUGUAUACGAAUUUUAAGAUCCGGACGUGUUUGUGUCCUCGAUUGUGCUGUCCAGGCGUUAAACCAUCUUUACAAUGGAGAAUUCAUGCCGUAUGUAGUGGUGAUAGCUCCUCCAGAAUACGAAGAAUUCGUUGAAAUGUGUAAAUUGCGGAAAGAUAAGUGCAUGAAAACAGAGAAGGAGAUAAAACACACAUGCGAACAACAUCAGAAGCUCAUGGAUAGCGAUUAUUCAAGACAUUUUGACCUUGUUUUGGCCAACAGAAAUCAUGACAUAACAUUCCGUCGACUACUAGACGCAUUAGAAGGCCUCAAAAAUGAACCCCAAUGGGUACCUCUGGAUUGGCUCAAAUGAAUCUCUGCCCGAAAACCUCGCAAAAUAAUGUAACAAAAUCAGAUCUCAACACCUCCGACUUUCAUAAUAAAGAACAAACUCGUGUAUCUACACUUCGCAUUGCAAUUCAUUUAUUACUAUCACAACUAACAGUAAAUUGGAUAAACGCGAUAUCGCGUUUAUUCGCACGAAAAAUAUUUGCGAAAAAAGUGUUUUACACUGUUGUGCACUUGCGUCCUGACGCGAAAAUCCUGCGUUUUCAAUCCAAGCCACAGGCUAGACAUCGUGCAUUUUUUAACAACGAAGAGUGCAGAUUAAUCAGCUCACCGAGAGUUUGGUUCAUCACAACUGCUUGGUUGCUACUUACUUUUACGUAGGUUUCGUUACUUACCUUGUUUUUAAAAUGUCUAUGGCCUCUGACUUUUUAUUGAUUAUCUCAGAGGGAUUUUAGUUUUAUUUUUUAAUUUUGUUUUCAAAUAAGACUUGAAAAAAAGUUGUUAGUUUAAAAGAAGCCAGAGGAUUUGUGAGCUUAGGAGUACUUUUACUAAGUACGUUUAUACGUUUCUAAUGCGCGAAUACCAUCCUUUUAUUUGUUAAUUCUCUGAAGAUUAAUAUUUCAUUUAGAGUAAUGUCUCUCCCCAAGAGCCUGUUGUUCCCCAGACUUGCACAGGUCCAGGUAAUUCACCGGGCUUUGCAAACCAGCUCUGUUCGCCCAUCAGGUCAUCACUUGGAGUACUGGUGGGGUCCUGAGAAGGCUGCGGGCCGUGUUCAAGUCGGUCAUGGUGUUUCCGGUGAACCCGUACGUUGUUAUCGAAUUUCUUGAAUUUUUUAAAAAACAUUUUCCUUGUUGUAUAACGUGUAACUUUAAGUCGUACUUCGACCGUCUGGAUUACUGGUACCCAGCUAUCAGAUUCCGUAAAGAAGACGAUGUUAUUACCCCAUUGAGAUCCAAGGAACAAGGUGACUGGAAGAAUCUCAGUCUGGAAGAAAAGAAAACGCUGUACAGGUACAGCUUCCGCCAAACUCUGGCCGAGUUCGAGGCUCCAUCUGGAUACUGGAAGGUGAUUACUGCCCUCUCGUUCUUUGUUAUCGGAUGUGCCACUCUCUACGCUACCUUCCUCAACCACUUUGGUAUGUUUUUUUCUGUCUUGAAAAGUUACUGUUAUGUUUAGUUUACCCUGAACUUCCACCAACCUUCCAAAACGAAUUUAAGGAAGCUGAGAUUGAACGUAACUUAGUCCUCCAGAAGGGACAAUUUUUGGGAGCGCCCAAAUACUUUGACUACGAGAACAACAGAUGGAAGUAA